AUGUUUGUGGAUAAGAAUUUAGGGACCACUAAAUAAAAGCAAUAGAAAAUCGAUAUCGGUGAAUUAGAAUAAGUCUAGAAAAAAAAAGUAAAGUAAAAUGCAAACAUAAACCCCUACACAGGGAAUUAAUAUUCAGAAGAUUAUUAUAAAAUUUUGACUGUGAGAAAGUAGUUACCUGCUUGGGAUGCCAAGGAAUAAUUGUUUAUGCUUAUGGAGUAGUAUCAAGUGAUAGUUUUGCAAGGAGAAACAGGAAGUGGUAAAACCACCUAAAUACCACAAUUUUUACUUGAGAAAUACAGUAAAGGCAGAGGAAUUGCAUGUACACAACCUAGAAGAGUGGCUGCAAUGAGUGUAGCAAAAAGAGUGGCAGAAGAGAUGGAUGUGGCACUUGGAGAAGAAGUUGGUUAUUCGAUCAGAUUUGAAGAGAAGACUUCGAAUAAAACCAUCCUGAAAUAUAUGACAGAUGGUAUGCUUCUAAGAGAAGCCAUGCAUGACCCAAAAUUAGAGAGAUAUUCAGUCGUGAUCUUAGAUGAAGCUCAUGAAAGAACUCUUAACACCGAUAUAUUAUUUGGACUCCUCAAGGAAAUCAUGUUGAAGAGACCUGAAGACUUGAAGGUGGUGAUCAUGUCUGCAACUAUGGAUGCAGAGAAAUUUUAAAAGUAUUUUCACAAUGCUCCCCUCUUGGACAUUCCAGGAAGAGUGUAUCCAGUGGAAAUAUUCUACACCCAAAAACCUGAAAAAAGCUAUCUUGAUGCAGCAAUUAGUACCACAAUCAACAUUCAUGCAUACGAGGAUCCAGGAGACAUCCUAGUAUUUCUUACUGGAGAAGAAGAAAUCGAAGAAGCCUGUAAAAAGAUCACUUCUGAAAUAUAGAAAUUGGGAGACGAUGUUGGACCAGUCAGAUGUGUACCACUCUAUAGUACAUUACCACCAAACUAAUAAUAAAAGAUAUUUGAAUCUGCUCCUUAACCUAAUAAAAAAGGAAUUCAAGGUAGAAAGAUUGUAGUGGCAACUAAUAUUGCUGAAACUUCUAUCACUAUUGAUGGAAUUUGCUACGUUGUAGAUCCUGGAUUUUCCAAAUAAAAGGUGUACAAUCCAAGAUUGAGAGUGGAAUCCUUACUUGCUUCUCCAAUUUCCAAGGCUUCUGCAUAAUAAAGAGCAGGUAGAGCUGGUAGAACAAGACCAGGUAAAUGUUAUAGAUUAUACACUGAACAAUCAUUUAAUACAGAAUUGAUUGAUAACACUUAUCCAGAAAUAUUAAGAAGUAAUCUAUCAGCAGUUGUGUUAUAAUUGAAGAGAUUGGGAAUUGAUGAUUUAGUACAUUUUGAUUUUAUGGACCCACCCGCUCCAGAAACAUUAAUGAGAGCUCUAGAAUAAUUAUACUAUUUAAGUGCAUUAGAUGAGGAAGGCAAUCUAACUAAAUUUGGAUAAUAGAUGUCAGAAUUUCCACUUGAUCCAUAAUUAUCAAAAGUGCUUCUCAGCAGUAAAGAUUUCUAUGUUACUGAUGAGAUAUUGACUAUUGUGGCUUUGUUGUCUGUUUAAUAAGUAUUCUAAAGACCAAAGGAUUAAUAAUAGUAAGCUGAUGAUGCCAGAUAUCAAUUUGUCCAUUAAGAUGGAGAUCACAUUACAUUCUUAAAUGUUUUUAAAUCAUUUAAAGAACACAAUGAAAGUUCUGACUGGUGUUACCAAAAUUUCAUCAAUUAUCGAAGUUUGAAAUCAGCAGAUAAAAUCAAGGUUUAACUAAGACAAAUCAUGUAAAAGCAAUAAGUUCCUUUGACUAAAACUGAUCCAUCGAAUGCAUUAUAUUACACCUACAUCAAAAAGGCUUUAAUUGCUGGUAUGUUUAUGCAAACAGCUCAUCUAACUAAAAAUGGAGCCUAUAUGACAGUCAAAGAUAGUCAAAUAGUUGCCAUACAUCCAUGUUCUGUUUUAAAUCACAAACCAGAAUGGAUCCUAUAUCAAGAAUUUGUGUUGACUUCAAAAAACUAUCUAAGAACAGUAACCGAUAUAGAAGGUAAAUGGCUUUAUGAAAUGUGUCCAGAAUAUUUCAAUCCUAAAACCAUUAAAAAUAUUGAAACAAGAAAGGAAUUCGAAAAAAUAGAGAGACAAGUCCUAGAAGAAUAGAGAAGAAAACCUGAUCUGUUGACUGUUGAAUAGAUAUAAAGAUUGCACAAGGAUGUUAAAUCAGAAAGAACCUAAUCAAUUUCAUCAUCAAGAACUAUUCAAAAAUGA